AUGAUACCUGAUCUUUUCACGCCCCCAGUGGCCUCUCCGGGACCAUCAGUCAGCGGGACGUCCUGCCCGAGUGCAGCUCUGAGUGGGAGGUUUGUGAGCGAUGGCCUGCGCCGCAAGGAGGAGUGUGCGUGGGUCAAAUGCCACUCGUCCAGAGACACGGAGAGACGAGGAUUCCACCUGGGCAAGAACGGAGCCCGGAGUCACGGCUCUCACCAUCAGUCAUCGAGAAAAGGGCAGGAGCCGAGAUGUGGUGAAGCUGCACGGCAUUUUAAAAAGAUCCAUCUCACCUAG